ACUCUGUGGACCGCUGCGUUGGUGGAUGCUUUACAGUCAGACGGGGAGACUGAGGACUUGGAGACAAAACACUUUUCUGGAUUUUGAAGGACUUGUGGGCUAAUUACCUCAGACGACAGCACACAGCAUAGAAAAAGAUCGAUAAAUAUGGAGAAUCCUGUGUACUGGGCUAUGGUGGUCUGCAUGACCGUCCUGCUGAUUGAGCAAGGACCCAGUGCAGGAGCCAUACCACACAGUGAUGCAGCUGGUGAGGAUACUCUCAACAGUGCCUUUAUAGAAGGGUUGCAGGUCCGCAGCCAAGAGGAUUCUCAGUCCGACAACAAAGUGAUGGACAAUAUCACAGUCCGACAAGGAGAGACGGUCUUUCUCAGGUGUGCACUGGGGGAUGUUGUCACACACACAGCAUGGCUUAAUCGGUCAAGUAUACUGUAUGCUGGAGAAGACAAGUGGUCAAUUGAUCCCAGAGUGAGUUUGGUGACUCUUAAUCAAGAGGAGUUCACCAUCAAGAUUGAAAAUGUGGACAUGACAGAUGAGGGACAGUAUGUGUGUGCAAUCCAGACAAGCAGUCGACCAAGAACCACCUCAGUUCACAUCCUCGUCCAAGUGCCACCAAAAAUCACCAACCUGUCAAGAGAUGUUGUGGUAAAUGAAGGCUCUAACAUCACCUUGAUGUGCCAAGCAAGUGGUAAACCAGAGCCCUCCAUCAGCUGGAAGCUCAUCUCCUCUUCAGGGGACCUGGUGUCAGAUGAUGAAUACUUGGAAAUCCCAUCUAUAUCCAGACAGAGAGCAGGAACGUAUGAAUGCACAGCUGUCAAUGAUAUUGACACAGACGUACAGACUGUAGACAUCACCGUCAACUAUGCUCCAGCUGUGUCAGAGGGCAGAGAUGUUGGAGUGACACUGGGCCAGAGAGGAGUGCUGGAGUGUGAGGCUGAUGCAGUGCCUGAGGCAGAUUUUGAAUGGUACAAAGAUAACAGAAGGAUCUUUAAUGGCUUUGAUGGUAUGGAGAUUGUCAGUACUGGAUUAGGAUCAAAGCUGACCUUCUUUAAUGUGUCUGAUGGAGAUUAUGGCAACUACACCUGCGUUGCCAUCAACACACUUGGGAGCUCAAAUACAAGCUUCCUUCUGUAUGUGGUAGUUGAACCCACUAGCUCAACACUUUUGCAAGGACCGAGAGCAGUUCAAGAUGGCAGCGGCGGUGCAAUGAGAGUGCACUCACACAACUGUCUUCUCUUCAUUAUGAUUCUGUCCUUCCUGCUUAGAUUUUGAAGAUAAAUUGAGUUGAACUCCAGUGUUUUGUGUGUGUGCAUGUGUGUGUGUGUGUGUGUGUGUGUGUGUGUGUGUGUGUGUGUGUGUGUGUGUGUGUGUGUGUGUGUGUGUGUGUGUGUGUGUGUGCUUUUUUUUUU